GAAGCCCCCCCCCCCCCGUGUUUUAUUCUCGGUCUCUUGGCUUCUUGGGGGAAUCUUGGGGUCAGGGAACAGGCUUGGGCAGUCCUGGAAGGCUUGUCGAGUCUUGUCCUUCCGUGCUUUGCUUGUUGUCCCACUCCACUCCCCUUUGCCUGUCGUGUCAAUCGUCACCAGACAUGCCAAUGCCCAUGCCCCCCGUCAAUCGUCCAAUCUCUGGAUGCGUAUCCAUAGGGUGUAUCCGUACCUGAUUUGGAGCAUCCCUACAACGGGAUGCUUUGCUUCUUGCCUGUGACAUCAGGUAUAGUGGGUUCUUGGCGGCUUGUUUCUCCAGGGAAGGACAGUCUUGGGGUGGGUCUUUCUCUUUCUUGUCCCGUCCGGUCAAAACCCUCGCCCCAAAAAUACUUGGCUUGUUCGCUCGGUCGGAAACAGCUCUCCCCCCAUCUGAGACGGUCGCGGGCCUCCCCUUCAGACGGCUCACAGAACGCGGAUACAGUUGCAGCAUCUGCCGGACUGAUGCGGAGCGUUGCACCAUGCUACGAACACGGCAACAAUCAAUCCAUCGCGUGGCUACCGUCUAAUAGCGACAAUCGCCCGCAGUCCCUCGCGGUCGACGCAGAAUGGCAAGGCACGAGACCCAUCAGGAGACCGAGGGAGAACGAGGUGAAAACUGGAGAUUUGCCAAGACUCUCCAAGACAGCCAAAAGUCUUGGCAUCGUAUGCGCCCGGAUGUUGCGGUGCUGGCACGGUACCUAGGAAGGCAGUGUGCGCUGAUAACGUUUGGUCGUCCUUGGAGACUGUCCGGUGUCUUCUCGUCCCACAGUGUCAAUGAGCUGGCUUUCCUCCCGCUGCUGCCCCGUACUUGUCCCUCCCCACCAUCCGC